AUGGUUUGUCAAGAUGAUAAUAGGCUUAACCAACUUAGCGACCCUCAUGUAUCAGUAGAAAGUGUGCUAGGUGAAAAAGACAUAUAUGAAACACAGCGUGUAUUGCAUAAGAUCGAGCUAUUUUUAAAGAAUAUAAAUAUAAAUAAUGAUGAUGUUCUCAAGUGGUACUCUGAUAAGGAUAUUGAUCUUUUGGUAAUCCAUGAAAUGGGCGAUCUACAUUACUUUCUUUCAGGUGGAAUAUUAAAACCUGUAAAAAAGAAGUCAGUUAAGGGUAAUAAGCAUGAAAACGAAAUUUAUGAUGACGACAAUGAUGAGGAACCUGAGAAUCCAACUUGUAAUAAUGAUGGUAGUGAUAGUGGAGGUGAUACUCAUUAA